CCCCACCUCACCUCACCUUACCUCACAACUUCUCUUCUCUCCUUUUAUAUCUUUCUCGUCUGUGAGGCAUUUCAUCAAACACUUUAACAUUCACAAGACUUAUCUCAUCAGAAACUGAAAGAAACCAUCAUGGAGUGCAGUACCGAGACAAACACUACAACCACGGCGUCCUCAUCGCCCCCACUUGCCUCUCAGUACUCGUCCAAUUCAUCGUCUUCGUCGCCUCCCCAGACUCCAAAUCCUAGCCCCAACCCACCCGUUGUGCUCAGUCCAUGCGCCGCCUGCAAGAUCUUGCGGCGGAGAUGCGCUGAUAAAUGUGUAUUGGCGCCCUACUUUCCUCCAACGGAGCCUGCAAAGUUUACCAUUGCUCACCGAGUGUUUGGAGCUAGUAACAUUAUCAAGUUCUUGCAGGAACUGCCAGAAUCUCAAAGAGCGGACGCAGUGAGCAGCAUGGUGUAUGAGGCCGGAGCAAGAAUUCGAGAUCCUGUGUACGGCUGUGCCGGAGCGAUUUGCCAGCUCCAGAAGCAAGUUGGAGAGUUGCAAGCUCAGUUGGCCAAAGCACAGGCAGAGGUGGUCAACAUGCAGUGCCAACAAGCCAAUCUAGUGGCCCUUCUUUGCAUGGAAAUGGCUCAAUCUCAGCAGGGUUAUAAUAAUAACAAUAAUUCUCCUCCUCAUCAUCAACAGAUCAGUCUUGAUGGGUCAUUGAUGAUCAAUAAUAUUACUAGUACCACUACUCCUCUCAUGAUUAGCAACCAAAGCAAUAAUAGCCUAAGUUUCCUUGAUGAUAACAAUAACCUAGGCUCCAUGUGGGAACCUCUUUGGACAUAAUAAUCAUGAUGCAAGGCCCCAUGUUUGAGUCAUGAUAUAUAUCAUAUAUCUUAAUCAUAGCUUAGCUUAGCUUAAAUUAAAAGGAAAGAGUAAUAUGUUCCAAUGAAAUAUUCUCCUAAGGAGAAGUUGAUGGACAUGAAAAAUAACUAGUGAUAUAGAUUAAUUUUUAUUAGUAUUCUAGCCAGGAGAGAAGAAAAAAGUGAGGGCAUGUGUAAGCUAGUUAAGGAUCUAAUCACUUUGCUAAAGCUAGGCAAAGUGGAUGGGUUGUUUUCCCUCCACAUCGAUCCCCACAUAUCAUGUAAUAUUUGUUUAAUUAAAUAUAUUUUUAAAAAGAAUAAAUUAUAUUA